AACCCUCUCCAGUCCCCAUUUCUUCCACUCCCCGUUCGGCGUCACCAUGUUCACAGCCGUCUGGCGGCGGCGGCUCGCCGUCCCAUUCCCCCAAAUCCGCGGCGGCGCAUACCACUUCCAGCCUAACCCCCAUGCCGUCCUCCUUGCUCACGCCUACUCCACGGCCACCGUCUCCGGCGGCCGUGACUCCGAGCCAUGCCCCGACACCAUCUCUUACCUGGUCUCCUGCGGUCUCACCCCGGCCGCCGCCCGCCAAACCGUCGCCACCGCCCGCGGCUUCCGGAUCCGGUCCACCCAAAAGGCAGACGCCGUCCGCGCCCUCCUCCGCAGCCACGGCUUCUCCGACGCGGACGUCGCCCGGAUAGCCCGCGGCGCCCCGCUGCUGCUCACCGUCGAUCCCGACCGGAUCGUCCGGCCCAAGCUCGAGUUCUUCGCCUCGAUCGGGUUCGAACCCAGCAAGCUGGCCACCGUGCCGCUCCUCCUCUCGCGUAGCCUCCACAAUCACAUCGUCCCCACCAUCCAGUUCCUCCGCGGCGUCAUCGGCACCGACGACGAAAUCCGCCGCGGGUUCUCCAACAUGCCCCGCGCCCUCCAGGUCAACCUGGACAACUGUAUGCGCCCCGCGGUGGAAGCCCUCCGCCAGAACGGCCUCACCAGUAGCGUGGACUUGUCGAGAGUCCUCGUCUUCCAGCUGGGCGUGCUCAUGCUAUCACCGGCCCGCAUUGCCGAAAUCUUCGAGGAUCUCAAGGCUAUGGGUAUGCCCGUCACGGACAGGCGCUUCGCCGCCUGGUUCCGUGCGAUGUGCAGCAUGAGGAGGGAGACAUGGCUGCGGAAGGUGGCGCUGUACCGGAGCUUUGGCCUGUCCGAGAGUGAGUUGUUUGAAGCCAUCAAGAAGCAGCCCACAAUACUGCUUGGCGCUGAAGAGACCAUAAAAAGGAAGGCAUUGUUCUUCCGCGAGGAGCUAAACCUUGAAAUGAGAGAUGCAAUGGCAAAUCCAGUUUUUGUAGCAUAUAGCUUGGAGAAGACGAUCCUGCCAAGGUGUGCUGUGUUGAGCGUGUUGAUGAGAAAGGGGAAGAUUAAGCCAGAUAUUCAGUUGCCUCAGGCAUUGUAUGGUAGUGACAAGACUUUCACGAAGAAGUAUGUACAGAGAUAUGCUGCUGAUGUGCCAGACGUUGUUAAGGCAUACGAGGGUAAGAUUAAAUUCAAAGGAUUCAAAGGUACUUCCAGAACACAAUGGCAUUAGGUUGGGCUAUCUGAGUGCCAUUGAGAUCAAGGCACAUGAUUCUAAAUUCUAACCAUGUUUCAUGGAGCAGCAUUACUCCGUGGUUGGCCCAUGUUUAGUCAGUAUCAUAUACAUCUGUAGACUGUAGUUUAAGUCAUUGCCAUUUUGAAAUCGUCAGGCCUAUGGAGAUCUAGAAACAUGACAUUAUGCCAUUAUGGUGUUACUGAAUUUUCUUGAUCUGGAUUGAUGAAUUAGUUUAUUGAAUUGGCUAUGCCUUUAAGGCCAAUUCCUCCCAAGAUUUUCCGAUACUGAAUGCAAAUGUAGUAUUCAGAAAUGAACUUAAGUUGUAAUUUUGAAACAGUUCUUCCUAGAACUCACCUGGAAUAUCUGUGGUUUGUUUAUGUAGAUUUUUCACUACAGCUUUUCCUAUAAAUCCAGCAAAGUUGUUUAAAAAAGUCC